CCGGGAAGGGGAGGAGGCUGGCGGCGCUCCCAGCCCGCCGCAUCCCUCCCCGGGCAGCGAUGCUCAGUCCCGGCUCAGCCCGGCGGCGGCGCGGAGGGCACCCGAGCCCGCGGAGGACAUGGACGGCACCAACCGCACGGAGCCGUGGCAGCGCGGCCUGCAGGCGCUGCUGGGCGCCCUGAACCAGACCCUGCACGGCGCCGUGCCCUGCCCGGGCCAGGCCCGCGCCAGCCCGGCCAGGGCGGCCGCGCGCGGGGAGCACGCCAACGCCAACGCCUACAUGUACAUCCUGUUCGUCAUGACGCUCUUCGCCGCCACCGUGGGCAGCCUCAUCCUGGGAUACACCCGCUCCCGCAAGGUGGACAAGCGCAGCGACCCCUACCACGUCUACAUCAAGAACAGGGUCUCCAUGAUCUGAGAUGGCCCACGCCUCGUCCCCUGCAACCCCUGCCACCUCUGCAUCAAGAACUGGGUCUCCAUGAUCUGACUGGCCCGCUCCUUGUCCCCAGAGCCACCGGGCUCAGGGCCACCGCGCUGGGCACGUCCUGCUUGCUGGGAACCCCCAAAAUCUGCUGGGAACCCCUAGAGCUUCUGGGACUCCACAGAGUUGCUGGAACCCCAGAGCUGCUGGGACGCCCCAAAGCUGUUGAAAGCCCCCCAAAGCUGCUGGAACUCCCCUAAAGCUGCUGGGGACCCUGUAGAGCUGCUGGGAGCCCUCCAAAGCUGCUGGGAGCCCCCCAAAGCUGCUGAGAACCCCCAGAGCUGCUGGAACGCCUCUCCAUGGAGGAGCUCGGUCCAGGCUGAGCAGUGCCAGGAUGUCCAGGCUGGCAGGAGCUGGAGGAAUGUGAGCUGCACGCCGGUGCUGGUCCUGCAGACCCACCUGGGCUCCACCUGGGCUGGCAGGGCAGCUCCUUUCCCACCGUGGCCUGCGGGGCUGGCAGGAGCCUUCAAGGAGAAUAUUUCCCCAUUUCCCUGCUCAGAUCAGCCCUCCCUGGGCUGCCAGCAGCUGUGGCCGUGCUUAGGGGGGUUUUGGGUGCUGGGACGCUGUGAUGUUUGAGCUGGGCUGGGCCCUGCUGCUCUGGCAGGGAAUUAAAGGAGGUGCUGGGC